CUUCCGGCGCUGGCUCCUGCUCUGCUCGAGUCCUUCGGUAGCGGAGCGGAUGAAGCUGGCGCGACUCAUGAAGGUGUUCGUCACCCGCCGGAUCCCCCCGGAGGGCCGGGCCGCACUCGCCGGGGCUGCAGACUGUGAAGUGGAGCAGUGGGAUUCAGACGAGCCCAUCCCCAGAAAGGAACUGGAGCGGGGCGUGGUAGGGGCACAUGGCCUGUUGUGUCUGCUCACAGACCGCGUGGACCAGAAGCUCCUGGAGGCUGCAGGACCCAACCUCAAAGUCAUCAGCACGUUGUCUGUGGGUGUGGACCACUUGGCUUUGGAUGAAAUCAAGAAGCGCGGGAUCCGUGUGGGCUACACCCCUGAUGUCUUGACUGAUGCCACUGCUGAACUGGCCGUCUCCCUGCUGCUCACCACCUGUCGCCGGCUGCCUGAGGCCAUAGACGAAGUGAAGAACGGCGGCUGGACAUCCUGGAAACCCCUGUGGAUGUGUGGCUACGGCCUCACACAGAGCACUGUUGGCAUCAUUGGGCUGGGCCGUAUAGGUCAGGCCAUUGCCCGGCGCCUGAAGCCCUUUGGUGUUCAGAGAUUCUUGUACAGCGGGCGCCAACCGAGGCCCCAGGAAGCUGCGGAGUUCCAGGCGGAGUUUGUAUCAACCCAACAGCUGGCCUUGGAGUCUGAUUUCAUUGUCGUAGCCUGUUCCUUAACCCCUGCCACCAAGGGCCUCUGCAAUAAGGACUUCUUCCAGCAGAUGAAGAACACAGCGGUGUUUGUCAACAUAAGCAGGGGAGACGUGGUGAACCAGGAGGACCUAUACCAGGCCUUGGCCAGUGGGCAGAUCGCAGGUGCCGGCCUAGAUGUGACCACCCCUGAACCACUGCCCACAGAUCAUCCUCUGCUGAGCCUGAAGAACUGCGUAAUUCUGCCCCACAUUGGCAGUGCCACCCACAGAACCCGAAACACCAUGUCCCUGUUGGCAGCGAACAACCUGCUGGCCGGCCUGAGAGAGCAACCAAUGCCCAGUGAACUCAAGCUGUAGCCACAUGGGCCUCUGGGAGCCCUGGAUCUGGCACACACACAACCUGGCUUGGUUUAUGGCUCUGCCCCAGGAUGGGAGCCGAGGCAAAGGCAAAGGUGCUGUGCUGAGCUGCAGAGGGAAGAUUGAUGCUGAGCAAUACGGUGUUACUGUGGCAGCUGGAAAAGUGCAGGCCCUAUGGGUGUCAUUCUAGUAAAUCGUUCUCUGAGUGA